CCUCUGUGGGUGUGUUCCGGUUCCUGGACCCCGCUUACUUAUUCUCCGUGCUUGCUCUGCGCGUUGAUGUCACAUGCAAGAUGGCGGUGACUCGGGCGGGUGCCGGGCCACAGGGCUGCUACGGGUUGGUGCUGUGCGGGGAGAUCAGCCGGGGACCCGGAUUAGUGAAGCGAGCGGUGAGCGAGCUAAAAAGAGGUUACUGUUCCUGGGAAGUAGAUUCCUCUGUUUGUAAUUUGGAUGAUCAGCUGAAAUUAUUUGUAUCUCGCCAUUCAGCAAACUUUUCCCAAGAUGUGAAAGGGCAAAGAAGCCUCCAUCAUGCAGGGGACAACUUGGAGACCUUGGUUCUGAUAAACCCAUCCAAGUCUUCGGUAUGCAGCGAGAUCCGGAAGUUGAUUUGCCAUUCCUCCCAGCACAAGCUUUUGAUAUUCACUGGCCCUUUUCUUGAAAAAACUGGUGAAAUGCUUCUACAAGGUGGAGGAGCUUUCUCCAUAGAAGACUUUAUUCAGAUCUUUACAGAUAAAGAGAUUGGAGAAACGCUAAGCUCAUCUGAUCCCACGUCUCAUGUCAUCUUGACUGUUUCCUGUCCUGAAAACUGGGAUAUUUCACAGUUGGAGAAAUGUAGCCUUCAAGAUUUUAUUGAAUUACGGUUUAACGAGGACAAAAAGUUUCCGGAGACAGAGGGUCUACAAGAAUUGGCAGAAUACCUGUCUGAAUCUCUUGAGCCCUCUUCUCCGUUUGAAUUGCUGGAAUCUCCCACAACUGUGGGCUUUUUGAAGUUAUUUAAACCAUGCUGCUAUGUUUUUCCUGGAGGUAGGGGAGACUCUGCUUUUUUUGCCGUCAAUGGAUUUAACAUGCUGGUUAAUGGAGGCUCCGAUACUAGGUCUCCGUUUUGGAAAUUUAUUCGCCAUUUAGAUAGGGUAGACUCUAUUCUUCUCACCCAUUUGGGGAUUGACAAUCUACCAGGCAUCAAUAGCUUACUGCAGAGGAAAAUAGCAGAAGGAGAAGAGGAUGGCUCUCAAGGAGCACAGCCAAGUGAUGAUUGGCUAAGAAAUCUGAUCUCUCCAGAGCUAGGUGUAGUCUUUCUGAACUCUCCAGAGAAAACAACUUCUGAAGAAGAGCCAAGUACAGUAACAGUAAAGGAGGAGGUUAGGCUUACGUUGCGAUGUUUGGAAAAGCUUGAUAUGCUGCCAGAACCUUUGUCCCGAAGCAAUAAUGCAACUGUUGAACCUACUAUUCUUUUUCAAAAGAUGGGUGUUGGUAGAUUAGAAAUGUAUGUUUUGAACCCUGUGAAGGGUAGUAAAGACCUGGAAACUUUCACAAAACGGUGGCCUGGAAUUUUGAAACCCAAGGGAUCUGAGCUACCACUGACGUCUCUAACCUCAGUCUGUGCUCUGCUUGUCUGGCAUCCUUCUGCACCCACUGAAGGAAUUGUAAGGGUAUUAUUUCCUGGUUGCACACCUCAAAACAAAAUUCUUGAAGGUCUGGAGAAGUUGAAACAUCUAGAUUUUCUGAAAGAUCCUGUCAUAACACAAAAGGACUUGGAGAUUAGGGGAAGCAUUUUUACAGGUAAGGUUGCAAAACCUCCUCGAACUGGAAGCAAAGAGAGUCUUGCAUCUGGAUCAGGAAAACUAAGUGCUAAGCUAAAACUUAGAACAGUAAAAGAUAAGUCACUGAAGACUCCUAGAAAUGAGCUGAGACCAGAUGCGAAAAACAAAGUUUCUGUAGAGGCUGGAGCAGAAGGGGAAAAAAUAAAGGAAGUGAAAGCUAAAAUUGAAAAUGUGUCUGAGAAACAGAGACCCGAUUCAAGACUGAAGACCACAAAAGAAAAACCUAUAAUGAAAAAAGAGAUGCCAAAAGAUGAAAAGAAGCAAUUUGGCAAAAGGGAUGAUGAGCAUACAGAAAAGAAAAAAGAUGUUAAAAAGGAGAUACGACCUGUUGGAGAAGCCAGAACAGAAACGCCAAGGAGGGAUGCCAAAGACAAGGGUGAGGGCACAAAAGUUGCUGUAAAAGACAUGAAGAAAGCUACCACAACGCCUGAUUCCAGGAGAUCAAAUGCCAAAAUAGGCUCUUUGAAGAAAGACAUGGGAAGUGUAAAAAAGGAUUUGGUGGCAGGUAAUCAAAUGUUGGUCAAGGGUAAGCCCCCAAGUAGGGAGCCAGUGAAGGAAGUUGUCUGCCAGUCAGUUGAAAAGGCCACUGGUUCUGCAUGCACCAGUGUUGCUGGUGACCAAAUUACAGACCAUCAAGCAACGGGUAAUGGUAUUGAGGCUGCUGCAUGUGCCUCUAUUGGCAUUGUUGGACCCAUUAAUGGGCAUGGUGUACAUGCAGAAAAUGGACUGUGUGCAGCUGAGCUGGAGAGUCCAAAUGGAUUUCGGUACCUGGAACCAAGUACCCCCAAAGGUUUAGCUCCUGCAUCUCCUUUGGAUAAAACGCCCAGAAACGAUGUUAGUGUGAAUUUUGACCUGACUCCCACAAACUUGGAGGUCCAAGAGAAAGGCAGAAGUGUACACCAUGGCCAGGAUUGGCUGGAUGACCCUUAUGUAAGCUCUGAAGAAAGGACUUUAGAGAUGGCAUCCCCAGUCAGUUCAGAGCAUCAUUCACCAGCAGUAUCGCAGCAAGUUUGCAGUCAGUCGCUACCUUCAGCAGAUGGAAGAAGUGUUACCUCUUCUUCCUGGAGAGCCCCUCCCAGAUCUUCCCAAGAAAACUCAAAUUCUUCACAGGGAAGGCAGACCAGUUGCCUCUCCUUGAGUCCUUUCCGUGAAGAUCUACCGGAUGUCUCUCCAACUAUAACUACUCCUUCUUUGCCUGCAGAAGUCGGGUCACCACAUUCUACAGAAGUGGAUGAAUCUCUUUCUAUUUCUUCUUUUGAGCAGACCCUUCCACCUGUCAGUGAGUCUCCUAGAGAUGUAUCACCAGACACUCAUACGCCAAACAGAGUAGGUCUGAGUCUGCCUGUUCGUCCUUCACAUUCUAGUGAGCUUGAAGGCCAGUCUGAAAGGUCAGCCUCUCCUCAUGACGUGGACCUAUGUUUGGUAUCCCCAUGUGAAUUUGAGCAUCAUAAGUCGGAUGCUGUAAUAAGCCCACAUGAUAGUGACAGUGAUCCUUCCCAGGAGUUGCCCAGGCCCCCAGGCUUUUCUUGGGAAAAAAUUCCAAAUGGACCAGAGACCCCCCCUACUUCAGUAAGUGAAUCUUUGCCAACAAUAUCUGAUUCUGGACCAGAAGAAUGCCCUUCCAUAGCUGUUGAUGGUGCAUCAGAUUCGGAGGGUGAUAACACUCCAAGACUUUUGGAUCCUGUUCCACCUACUGUAAAGGACCCUCACCCCCUGCCGCCUCAACCAGGUACUUGCAUGGUUGACCCUGAAGCCAUGCCAACAGAUCAUGGAGGCAAAAAAACUCUAAACCAGUCAACGCCUUCCAAUGUUCGAAGUAACCCUAGUAAACUAUCUGGCAAAGCUAAAGGUGUUGGGGAUAAAUCGGGCAAGGUUGCCACAGGAAAAACGGAUAUGACACGCGCUGGAGCAGACUCUAAGCCAUCUACAGCCAGGCGCAAUUUAGGGAACGCUGUAAAAGCCUCCCCUGCAGUAAGUCGUUUGACAACAGCCGGUCUCGGACACCUGCAUUCGGCAUCAUCCUCCUCUUCUGCUUUGCCGAUAUAUGUGGACCUGGCUUACCUGCCUGGAGGACCUGCUGCGCAAACUGUAGAGGAAGAGUUUUUCAGGCUAGUGCGUUCCUCCUUUUAUGUUGUUAGUGGAGAAGAUCCUAUGAAGGAAAAAUGUACCCGCAAGGUUCUGGACUCUCUGCUGGCUGGGAAAGCCCAUUGGACACAAGAUUUGCAGGUAACGGUGAUUCCCACAUUCGAGUCUGCAGCAGUCCGUGCAUGGUAUGAAGAAACCCAUGCCCUUCAGCAGUCAUUGGGUGUCAUUGUGCUGGCAAGCACCAGCAGUGUGUCCAUGCAGGAUGAAACCUUCCCUGCUUGCAAAGUGGAGUUCUAAUUAUUAUUUUUUUUUUAUCUUCAUGCACUUCUAUUUUAAAACCUUUUGGACACGGAAAGCUUUCGGGUUAUCCGAGGCCAGUUCCUUUUCCUCAUUGUGCUUGCCUGAUGGCAGAGGAUUAGAUGCUUCCUCAAGAUGUGGUGCAUGCACAUUCCGAUGAAAUAAUCAGAGAGGGCCUAUUAUUGCACAGCUGUAUGCAUUUUACGAGGAAUGGGAAGCUUGUGCACGAUUUGAAGAGAACUGUUCUUAUUUGCACAAUCACUCCGUUGUUCACGUCACACUUUAUGGCAUGAAAUUCUUUACCAAUUGACUUUAUCUCCACCUGACCAGAAGACCAUGCUUUUGUCACUUUCAGAUAUUUACAGUUGUCUUGUGUCUGAAGGAUUAUCAAUAUGUAAUGCAUUAAUUGAUGCUAUAGUCAUGUGUUUUUAACCUGGCAGCACACAUAAGCUUUUUCUGUAAUUGGAGUAAUCUGAUUAUUCACUUUCCCAUUUCAAUGCACCGUUAGGUUUAUUGGUGGUCUCUGGCAUAUCUAGAAGAUGGCUGUUCAAUAUGAAAUGAGUGAAUUCUUUAUUCUUAUAUGUGACUGGUGUCCUGAAUGUGAGAACGUUGCAUCAUGUUUUGAAAUGGUCUACAUUCUCAUUUAUCUACUAUUGAAAUUUGUCCUGCACAGAGUAGUGUUGGCUCAUGUGUAGCUUUUUUGCUGUGAACUUCUGAAAUCCCCUCCACAAGACCGUUCCAGAAAAUGUUAAGACAGCAACAAGUAAAAGCUAAUUAGCUGAUUUACUCGGUUAAGCAGGGUACUGGUUUCUAAGCUGUGUGACCGUUGGGUUACAAGGCUAAAACAUUUUUAUACGUUGUUUUGUCUUAUUUAGAAUAAGCUAUUACUUAUGGCACUCCAGUGAUAGUACAUUUGAUGGCUGUGUGAAGUAGAUACUGUUUUGAAAUAUCUGCUUCUCAUUAUUUAUAGUCUACUUUAUAUUUACAAACCUUUGCCAGCAGAUGGUGCAGGGUAUAGGAAAGCACACUUGGCGCCUCAUCAUUAUCCAACCUUAAAAGUUUAGUAACUGAGAUACAUUUUUACAAUAGUUUUACUGUAUAAGAAGUCAAGAUCACAUGGAUGUGCUUAAAACAUUUCGGUUUAGUAAGCCACAUUAGCCCUUGUAAAAUGGUUUAUUUUGGUGUAUUUUUACUAAAAAGUAUGAUCAUUCUCAAUACAUAAUUUGUCUCGGUACACAUGGGCAUCAAAAAGUCAGCCGAUGCAUAUUUAAGUCCAUUGAGGUUUUUAUUUUUUGUUAACCUCCCCCCGCAAGCUGAUGGCUUACUACCUAUGAGCUUUUGGCAUACAUGUAAUGCAAGCAGCAGCAUCUGUCAAUGUUGUCGUUGGUGUUAUUUUCUUCAAUAUGAGCUUGAAUGGGUAGGCACUAAAGUGUGGAUUGAUGUAGAGCAACGCCUGAUUCAAGUUUUGUAACUCUUGAAGAAACUGGCAAUUCCCUAUGGCCAUUCUGAAUGCAACUUGCCAUGGUUUUUAUUUUUUGAGGGGGGGGGGGGGAGAGAGAGAGAGAGAGAGAGAGAGAGAGGGGUCAAAUAGGACCUGACUCGUAAUGUUAUAUUUUGGAAAUCCUGUUUUUAACAAACUCCUCUCUACAUCGGUAAAGCAAAUGACACUGCAGACUUUGGUUUUGAAGGUCCAUUCUCCAGGGCUGUGUGUGGUUUAAUCACUGUCUGAUUAAUGCCUGACCCUAGACUAGUAUGUGUAUAUAUCGGGUGCUCAGACAUUAAAAAAGCAAGCACUUUUAAAUGUCAGUGACUCGAGUAAUGAAGGAAGAGUAAGGCUGACAGUGUGGGCAUGUGUCUUCAAAAACAAGUCAGCAGAGGAUGUUCCCACCCUGUUUGAUAAAUUCAUAAUACUAUUAACCACACAUCCUGGAGUUUUUCAUCUUGGUUUGUACAACUGUGGACAUCUUUUAGACUGUUGAUGUACCUGAUAGGACCACUUUUGCUGCAACAGCAUGUGGUUUGGAAAUUGCAUUUUCAUUUUUGUUUUUUGUAAAGAAUGUCAAAACACUAAUGUAUUCUUGUUGUCUAAAAGAUAACUACUUCUGUUUUUAAAUAGUACGGUCAACAAUCUGUGGUAAAUGAAGGACUAUUGCCUCCCUUUUUUCUCCCUCCAUACAGUAUGGGAGGAAUGAGAUUCAUUGAUAUGCUUAAUCAAUGUUAAAGUGCCAGUCAGCCCUUAGAAUGAGUUGAGGGCUUUAAAUUCUCAUACCUAUUUGUCUUCUGUCUGUUGGCCAUGAUGACCAUCUCUCUGAGGGGAAGGGUAGAUGGUAUAGAUGAUAAACUACUCUGCCCACAAGGUUUGGUGGGAUUUAUAUUGUGAAUUCACAUUGCUUUCAUUAGAUGAGCAAAUUAAAAUCUGAUGUAAACAGUU